CUUUCCUUCUAUCUCUUGCCAACGAAUCCUACUGCCUACCACCCACAUAAGCACACCAAUCAACGCACACACGCAUACACGUACACACACAGAAGACAUAAUGCUCCACACAGCACUGCUGUGGUUCGCUGCUGUCCAUCAGAAUGCAUCCCUCCCAUCAACAGACUCAUCCUCCUCCCCCUCCUCUACCCCAGUCAACGUCACCCUGUCGCACCUUGCGGGUACACUCUCGAUCCUCUGCUGGUUUAUCGUCUUCACUCCACAAAUCUGGGAAAACUACAAGCGCAAGUCUGGCGAGUCCUUGUCCUUACCGUUUCUUUAUAUCUGGCUCGCAGGAGACAUCUUCAACCUCGCAGGAGCGACUGUUGACAACUUGCUUCUGACCAUGAGGAUAUUGGCGUGGUACUACACGCUCGCAGAUAUCUUCUUGAUCAUUCAAGUGUACCACUACAGGAGACUUGCUAAACAGACUGCAACCGUCCACACGGAUCAGAAUCCGGAUGUGCAGCAGCGCCUUCAACACCAGGACCACGUUCAUCAAGCCAACUACACACCUUCAAUCUCCACAGCCUCGGACCUGACACGCGUAGCCGACGAAGACACGGCCCUGUUCAUCAAAGAUACCCUCUCAUGCCGGAAUAGGGAACACCACCACCAUCCCAACACUAAGACCUACUCCACCAUCACUCCAGUAUCUUCAGCCGUCAGCUCCUCUUCCGGCUCAUCCUCUAACACCUCAGGAUCACCUCAGGAAAGACGCCGUUCCGACAACUACAAGCUCCUCUGGAUCUCCCUCUCGAUCCUCACCAUCGCUACAGCAUUCUUCGCAUGGUACUGCCUCUAUUGGGGCCAACGUGACCUGGAUAACGAACCCCUCUCCGAGUCUACCAUCGACACAUACCGUCAAUAUCGAAGCCGUCACCAAGGCCACUUCCCUCGUCCCCGACCUCCAGUCGACGACGAUCAGCCCACCGCCUGGCUCGGUCAAUUCCUCGGCUGGGGCGGUGCUCUUCUUUACCUCGGAUCUCGGAUCCCGCAAAUAUACAAGAACUGGCACCUUAAAUCCUGUGAGGGCCUCUCCCAAAUGAUGUUCCUGUUUUCCGUUCUGGGAAAUGUUCUCUUUGUCGCCAGUAUCUUCUUGUUCUCCCUCAAUCGAGAGUACCUCAUCAGGAACAUGCCUUGGUGGCUCGGGUCUUCGGGUACUCUGAUCUUUGAUUUCUUGAUCUUUAUCCAGUUCUAUAUCUAUCGAGAUAACGGGGAGCCAUCGUCGCACCACAACAAGAGUGUGCAGAGCGAAGAGGUCUAGAGUCCUUGUCGAUUUUACAGGAUUGCCAUAUCCACGACUCGAUACAAAAAAAAAAAAAAAAA